CAACUUCCGGUCUUUUCAAAGGUCAAGGACGAACGAUUACCACGUUUCUUCUCAUCGUGCCGACAGAUUAAUUUUAAAAAGAUGGGUUUUGGCGAUUUAAAAUCUAAAGCUGGGCUAGAGGCCUUGAACAGUUUCCUUGGUGACAGAAGUUACAUUGAUGGUUAUUCUCCAUCUGCAGCCGAUGCUGUGGUUUUUGAAGCCUUGACCGGUGCUCCAGCAUCCAGUCUACCCCACGCCCUUCGCUGGUAUAAUCACAUCAAAUCUUAUGGUGAUUUAAGAAAAAGUUUUCCUGGAACAAGGAAGCCAGUAGGAUCUUAUGGAACAGCCAGUGCAGCUGCAGCAGCUGAUGACGACGAUGAUGAUGAUGAUAUUGACCUGUUUGGUGAUGAUGAUGACGAUACCGCAGCACAAGAAGAACUAAAAAAGAAACGUAUCGAAGACUACGCAAACAGAAAAGCAAAAAAACCCGUGCUGAUUGCAAAGAGUAGUAUAAUCCUAGAAGUUAAACCAUGGGAUGAUGAAACAGACAUGAAAAUAAUAGAACAAAAUGUUCGAAGUAUUGAAGCAGAUGGUCUACGAUGGGCUGCAUCUAAACUUGUACCUGUUGGUUAUGGUAUAAAUAAAUUACAGAUUAAUUGUGUUGUUGAAGAUGACAAGAUUGGAACAGACUUUUUAGAAGAAGAAAUAACGAAGUUUGAGGAUGUGGUACAGUCCGUAGACAUUGUGGCCUUUAACAAAAUAUAAAUAAAAUAAAAAAACACCCAUCUUAUUUAUUC